UUGCCAGGUGAUCUCGACGGCGACCAAAUAUAUGAAUUUGGAUUUUUCGAAGGUUAUCCGAUAGUUUUGCUGACCGAUAAAAAAAGCGCAAAAAUAGGUCAAGAACAAGCACAAAUCACCAAACUCAUAAACAAAGACUCUCCUGAAAAUAAUCCUUUAAUAUUAUCGAAAACUAAAAAAAGGCUUGACCCAUAUUUGCCCAUAACAAUAAUAAUAUUCGUUAUCCCACCAAUUAUUUUAUUCUUCCUGAUAACAAUCAUUUAUAUAUAUUGGAAAUUCUUUUUUGUCCCACGUAACAUGAAAAAAGUGAAUGUGCGAUAUAUCAAGGCUUCACUGCAUUGUCCGGACGAAGCAAAAUGCGAAAAUAGUUGUGGCACAAAAAUCGACAAGUAUUAUGACAAUAAUGGUGACAAUGACGACUCUCGACCAUUUAUUUCGUCGAUAACCACAAGAAUCAAAUCACUGAAAAUGAAGCCAACUUUGAACUUAGAUCGGAAAACAACAGACUUUGAGCGUGGAUUUGAUUAUGAGGAUUGCGAUGACGAAUGCUGUGCAUUUAAUUCUGGUAUUCCGUAA